AUGUGCGGGGAUAUCUUUUCAAUCCUGGAGAUGGGCUGCUGCGGCUGCUUUGGGUUCAUGAGGAAAACGCACAGGUCGCUUGUGUCAGUCAGAGGACCUGGCGGGCGGUUCUCUCAGGAGAUUUUGUUACCUGACGAACCAGAGGAUAACGAUGGCUUUUUCAUGUACAACGGAGAAGGCGAUUCCUUCCUGAGUGAAGGCUUUCGGGGGUGCAGCAAAAGGUCUGAGGAAAUCCUCCAGUCAAGAGUUAGGAGGGGCUUGACUUGUAGGGAAGUUCCCGUCAAGGAAACUCUCCAGGUUGUUCGUUCUGAGGUAAGCUAGAGCUUCAAUCAAAUAUUUUCAUUCACGCUUUACUGUUUAAUCUGCUCUUCUUUCUCAGCCGUAUGCUGUAAUAAUAUUUUCAUAGAUGCUAAUUCUACAGUUUAUUUGUUGUAUUAACUAAAUAGACUGAAAAGCAUUUAAGUGGUUGCUUUAGGAGACAGAAUGUACAAUUAUAUGAACAAUAUGUGCAUUCGGAGGACCUUGUUCAGGAUUUCAAACUUCAUUGUAAUCAAGACAUUGAGAAUUAGAACUUGGAACUUAGAUACACCAUUUAUUAGUUCCAUCCCCAUGGUUAUUAAGGUACAAAUUCUCAGACAGCAGGAUAAGUUGUUUUAUUCUCAAGUGAUGCAUGCUAAGAUUCAUCAGGAGAAAUUAAGACUUCGCUGAGUUCUGGGUACUAAGCUGAACAGAACUAGUCGAUGGUCUAUGAAUUUAACUUUUUUUUAAAGAUCUUUGUCUAGAAGAGCGCUUUUUUUAGAACUUAUGCAUAGGCGGAUAGAAAUUGUGGCAUUGUGGCUGUCAUCUUGCGUGAUUACUAAAUGCAUACAUCUAAUAUUUUGAUGGCAUGAUCUCAUGUCUUAAGAUAAUAAUAUAUGCUCGUUUUAAUCAGUUCUCCACGGUUCCUAAUCCAUGACCAGAAAACUUAGACAUUUCUAUCCUGAUUGCCCAAUCUGAAGAUCGGAGUCUGGUUUCAAAAGGGACACCUUUCGUAAUCUUCUUGAAAUAGAAAAAUUGAAAAACUAGAAUAAUUGGAAAUAGCACGGUUUCGUAAUUUGCAUCCCUUCACUUGGCUUUUACUAGGUACGCUAAUUUUUUUCCUUUUUCUUCAAAUACCAGGACGAAAAUGGCGAUAAAAUGGUUAACGAAUAUGUGCGAGAAUGUAAAAUUGGUUCUGGCAGCUAUGGCAAAGUGGUAGGUUUGGUGCAAUCAGUUGCUUCUCUCCCCCCCUUCUUUCAUCCUCCAGCCUCCUCUGCACACACUCGGACUCACACAGCCAACGAUCAUGUUUUAUUUUCGAAUUUUUAGGUUCUCUACAGAAGUACUAAAGAUGGGAAGAAGUACGCAUUCAAGGUGAAAUUUCUUUCCUAAUAUCUUGUUGCAUUUGCUUACAUGUGGUAAAAAAUAAUCCUUUUAUUAUUAUUAUUUUGGCAAAAAUACUGAAAGGGAUUCCUGACGAAUUCACCAUUUUCUCCAUAUCAAAAAUAAGAAUUUUAUUUAUAACAGCCUUCACCAGUUUCGGUCAACCACUGCAAAUGAUUCCGUUUUAAGUGGUGGAAAUAAAUUAAUUUGUCAUAUUUUCUGUAUUUUUUUCCAAAAUAGGUUGUAAUCAUGUUCAUACUUUUUCUUACGGUGGUUGUUUACUUUCAUACAGUUCAUGUUCUAUGGUUAUUACAACCAAGCGAUAUGCUGCAUUGCAACAAUCUGAAAUUUUUUUCAAUCUUAAAAGCUCAGGUUUUUCACAAGUCUCAUUUAAUGAAGCUGCGAGUGGCACCGUCUGAGACAGCCAUGUCUGAUGUUCUGCGUGAGGUUAGUCUUUUAAUACUUCUUGAGAGUAAAACAAGAAAAAUAAUAUUAUAUUUUCUUAGUUUUCGUAUGGUUUAAGUGCUCCUAAUCUUUUAAGGCCACCUUGCUCGAUCAAAACCUUCAGAACUGUUGAUAAAUAAUAAUAAUAAUAAUAAUCUAUCAUCAGCCAAGAAAAAAAUAUGUAAUCAAUUUAUUUAUUUUCUGAAAAAAUAAUAUUUAUGUCUUGCAUCUAAUUCUGGAGAUGGCGAGCAUCAUCGAAUUUCUUCACAUGCAGGUGUCGAUCAUGAAGAUCUUGGACCAUCCGAAUAUAGUAAAACUUGUUGAGGUGAUCGAUGACCCGAACAGCGACCACUUUUACAUGGGUAUAUUGAUCGAUCAAGCUUUUCUUCCAUUUUUGUGUCAUUAUCAGCUGCCAUUCAAAGGCCAUGGUUUUCUAUUGUUGUUCUUAUUUUUUCCGCUCAGUUCUUGAGUACAUUGAGGGCAAAUGGGUCUGCGAGGGUUCUGGUCCGGCGAGUGGCAUUGGCGAGGACGCCUCCAGGACGUACCUGAGAGACAUCAUUGCAGGGCUCAUGUACCUCCACUCUAACGUAAGUCUCUCCAUACAGCAGAUCUUAUCUUCUUGCUUCAUGUGACUCCUCGACUCCCGGACUGCGAAAUCUUCCUUUUUUUGGCAAGCGGGUUGACCAAGAAUCGAUCUUUCUUGAAUGGUGCUAUCAGAAAAAUGUGAUUUUUUAAUUUUAUUUUUGGAUCUUUUGGGGUCCCCAGAACAUCAUCCACGGGGACAUCAAGCCGGAUAAUCUUCUGGUGACGAGCAGCGGCAGGGUGAAGAUCGGAGAUUUCAGCGUCAGCCAGGUUUUUGAGGUAAUUAGUGGCUAAUCUUCUCUGUUUUGACUCUUCUGGUCCGUGGAGAGAGGUGAAGAGAGAGAAAGAGAUCCCCUGGGCAUUCAUUUCAUCUGUUCAAUCGUACGGUUCUCGAUUCCUCCUCGUCCCCAGGAUGACAAUGAUGAGCUGCGGAGGUCCCCGGGCACGCCCGUAUUCACCGCUCCCGAGUGCUGCCAAGGUGAGAGAAACAGCCCAGAAAUGGCAAAAUCUUAAGAUUUAAUCUCUCCUCGAGCUGAAACGUCCCUGACGUUGACUUGGGCCCUCCUAGGUUUGACCUAUAGUGGCAGGGCCGCCGACACAUGGGCCGUCGGAGUCACCCUGUACUGCAUGCUCUUCGGCCAGUACCCAUUCCUCGGAGAAAGCUUGCAGGACACCUACGACAAGGUGAGCCGCCGGCGACACGGCCGCCGCUUGACUUUUCUAUCGGACGGUUCUGAUGAGUUGUUGGGUGAUUUCCCAGAUAGUCAACGAUCCCUUGAUGAUCCCUGAGGGCGUCAGCCCUCUCCUGAAGGACCUGGUUGAAGGGCUCCUCUGCAAAGGUCAGUACCCCUCCCUUUUUUCUCUCCAAGUCAAUGUGUUGUUGUAGAUUCUCCCCGGUGGCGGCUUUCUCUCUCCUCUGACCGGGACUUUCCCGCAGAUCCCAGGCGGCGGUUGACCCUGAAAGCGGUGUCAGAGCACCCGUGGGUGGUCAUGGGAGACGCGCCGGAGAAGGGGACCGGCGAGGAGGCGGAAGCCGGCCAGCUGUAA